AAACUACUCAUAAAGAAACAAAUAACAAUAAAUAAUUCAAUAGUUUUAAGUGUUUAAGAGCAUAGCAUAAUUUAUAAAUGUUCCCAACAACUUGAAGCUAAAUAAUCAUGGCAGAGAAAGAGGAUGUUGAUUUACGGUUAGAAUUUAUGAGCGAAUAUAUACUAAGGUCGUUGAAACAAAAACUUGAAAAAUGGUCAAAAUUCAUCACCGGAGAUGAGAGGCACAUCUUAUUUCGGUUUUUUGAUCUGAACAAAUUUGAUAUAAUAGUCUUUCGCAUGAACACUGCUGGUCUUCUGACAUGCGCAACCAACUUUCCUCCAAUAAGUCGAGGAAAAAUGUGUUAUUUUCUGAGGAAUGACGUGGAGAAGAUUACUCAACAAAACUUUAGACAGGCUAUGACUAUUGGAGAAAUAUCAGGCAACGUAUUAAUGGACUUAACUGUGAUGGCUGACGAAGUGAUUGGUCCGCUGUUAUGUAACCCGGAAAAUCAGAAGGGCUGGCCAAAGAUUGUUAAAAUGGAUAUGAAGAGACACGUUAAUGAGUUGAGGAAUCUGAUGCAUCAGCUCAAGGGUGAAAUGUCCAGCCAAGUAAUGCUGCCAAUGCCUGACGGAGUUGAGAAAAUAUAUCAAGCUGAGAGCAGGCUUAGAGAGAAUGAAGAAGAAGUUGAUUUAUUCUUGAAAACAAACAUUGAAGGAGCUAUUAUAAAAUGGGCUAAGCAAGUAUAUGAUCUGCUACAAGAAGACUCGUAUAUUGCUUUCAAAAGGACAAAAUUUCCUCUGCCAAGAUCAGAUAUAGAGUUCUAUGCUCACCGUCUGAAAAAUCUUGAAGGGAUUUAUUCUCAGUUGAGAGACCCGCGCGUCAAGCGAAUGGCAAACUAUCUCGAGGCAACACGUAGCGUUUAUUUGAGCUGCUUUAAAACUAUGCUCACAAACGUAGUCGCAGCAAUCGUGGAAUGCCGCGAUAUCUACGUUUACCAAAAACCACUGAUGCAACAUUUUGAGACUUUUGAGGGAACGGAUUUCUCGGAUGCAAAGCCCAUGAUAAGACCCAUGUUUCAUUGCAUUGGUUUACUGUGGGGCAAUUCGAGAUACUACUGCAACGUUGAGAAGCUGAUUCCUCUGCUACGUGAAGUUUGUAACCUCGUUAUCCAGCAGUGUACGAACUCCAUUGACCCUAUGGCGAUCUUUCAAGGAGACCCUGAUGAACAGCUACUCAAGCUCCGGAGAGGAUUGAACAUUCUUAACCACUUUGUUGAAACUUACGAAAUGAACAGAGAUAAGGUGCAUACGUUCUUCCCAGCCGGUGUGAUGCCUGUUCGGUGGUCGUUUGACUUUGACCGUGUCUUUAUGCGCUUCAAUACCUAUGUCAAGAAAUUGAAAAAGAUUGAAGAAAUUUUAGAAGCUACAGUGGAAAUUAUGAAGCUGGAAAAAAUGGAGUUUUGCGGACUGAGGGGAAAAACUCUUAGCACGGAGUGUAUGAAGGUUUUAGAUGAAUAUACAGUUAUCUACCAAAACCUUGGAAAUAUUACAUAUGACCCAGCCGAUCCAGAAGACGAUAGGUUCGCAGCCGAUUACACCAAGCACAUGAAGGUUCUGGAUGACGUGGAUCAAAGACUUGCUUCGCUCUUCACGCAAGGUUUAGAUGAGUGCCACAAUCUGGAACAUUUCUUUAAGUUUUUCCAAAUAAUUGGAGACUUAUUUCAUCGUCCUACCAUAAAGAAUGAAUUAAAGCCCAAAAUACCGAGGCUUCUUGAUUUCAUGCACCAUAAUUUGGAUGAUGUGAAAGAAAUAUUUGACGAAGAGAUGUCGAAACUUACAAAGGGUCCUGAGAGGCCAAUGGUGGAUAACUAUUUACCCCCAGUGAGCGGCAUGUUGUGGUGGAUCACAAAGUUGCGGAGACGGAUCCAAACGCCGAUGGAAGACUUUAUCGUGUUUGAAGAUCCAAUCAUUGAUGCAGAAUAUGCAUUAUACAUGAAGCAAAAACAUAAUGAAAUGUUAGGUUACCUGAAUGUGCUGGAGGAUCGUCAGUUUAAGCAGUGGUGUGCCACCGUUCCAAAUAUUUGCAAGCUUCAUUUGGCCAAGUUCCUCAUAUAUCGAGAUCCGCCAUUUGUCAGGAACAAUUUCAGCCCUGAGCUGACAUUGCUGCUGAGAGAGAUACGAUAUUUAAAAUAUUUAAAUAAACAAGGGAUACCACCUGAUGGAUUGGAAUUAUAUGCCAGGAAUGAAAAAUUACAGUAUGACAUGAAUCGUCUCAACCGCGCAAUAGCUUGGUACAAUGCAAUUCGUGAAGGAAGUCACGAGACUGAAGUGGCUCUUAUUGAGAAGGAAAUAUCAGCGAUCGACAAUUUACUAGGUAGAGGAGUAGAAGAACUGACAUGGAAUGAUGACUUUACUGAAUGGAUGGCAGAAGUGUAUUCAGCGAUAAACACUUUACAAGAAAGAGUAUUGACAGCUCAAAAUAAUGUUAAGAAUGGUCUAAAUAAUAUUGCUGCUUGGGGUAAUAUACCACUGCAUAACCGUAAGGAGAACCCCGACAAAAUGGAAUUAUUGGCUGUUAAGGAACGCGUUCCAAGGCUACUGCGUAGGCAUGAAAAUAUUUUAAAAAGUCACGCAGAAUUUGAACACACACUCAAGCACAAUUAUAAUCUUUUCUUUAAUAUUACUGAAGAUGUUGAAUCUGAUGAUGAAGAAGAGGAGUUAGAAGAAGUAGACGAAACUACGCUUGAUGACGAUGAAAAAGCUGCUCGGGCUCAAAAAAUAUUGGAAAUGGAGGAACUCCGAGAAGCUAAAAGACUUGCCCGAGAGGAAAGAGCUAGAGAGAAAGCAGAAAUUGCUCAAGCUAAAUUCGAAAGAAGAGAGGCAAGGCGCCUGAAAAGAGAAGAAAAAGAAGCUGAACGACGAGAACGGCAGGCUAGGCGCGAUGAAGGUGAAGAGGUUGAUUCGCCUGCGGAAGAUGAAGAAGAGGUAGACCCAGAAGAACUAGCAGAUAUAGAAGAAGAACGAAGAGAAAUGGAAGAAGAAGCUUUUAGGGCUGAACGAUGGCCAGCUUACGUCAAAUAUGUUGAUUCUCUGGUAUCGCGUCAAAUUAUGAAAGCAAUUCAGUCGAGUUUGGACUUAUUUGAAAAGCAGACUGAUCUGGAAAAAGGGCCGCGGGUUGCAUUCAUGGAAGUGGUAGUGGAACUUAAGGAUCCUGAUAUUAGCUUUACACCAUCACUAGAAGUAAAGGACGAAUAUGGAUUAUAUGAUACGAUGGUUGAGAUGAUGAAAGACAUGUUUCUUCAGGCGACCAUGUUUCCUCGGAUUGACCCCAUUGUUCCAAUUGCUAGUUACGAAGAUGACAUAGUUAAUGAAGAUGCUAUGAUUGACCUUUAUCAUGAGAUCGCAAAAAGGAUUGAGAACAGCAUCACCGAUGUGCUGCAAUAUGCUUCUAAAUAUGAAAAGUACACUCCGCUAUGGAUGGAAGAUAGACAUGAAGUUUUAAACGGAUUUUUGAAAUAUGGUCGUGUUAUACCUCCUGAAGAGUUCGAUAAGUAUAAAUAUGAGAAUGGAACUGAUCCGCCAGAAUGUAAGCCAACAUUAGAGCAAUACCAGAAGGAGAUAGAUAGAUUCAACAAUUUGUAUGACGAAGUGGCAGCGUUACCGGCAAGCUAUCUGUGUAAUGGGUGGCUCAAAUUAGACCUAAAAAGACUGAACCAGGCCAUAAUGAAUAUAAUAUGCAAGUGGAGCAAUCUUUACAAACAAAAUCUGAAGGACCACGUGCAGACAAGCCUUGAUGAAUUGGAACAGUUCAUUACAUAUGCCACGAAAGAGUUAUCUGUGGAGCUUGGUGAAGAUGAUUACGAAGGACUCCUCACUGUGAUGCGCGUUCUCAACGAAGUGAAAGCCAAGACUGAUGCCGGUACUGAACAAAUGUUCGAACCUCUAAGGGAUAUCAUGUACGUGCUAAAAGAGUAUGGAGUCGAUUUCCCCGACGAAACUUAUGAACAGUUGGAUACAUUACCUGAAAAAUGGAGGACCCUCGUAAAGCUAGCGACAGUUAUGAAGAACAAUGUAGCGCCCUUACAAGCUGCGCAAGCGGCGCUUAUUGCGAAGAGAGUGGCUCUCAUAAAUCUACGGCUAACUAUGUACCGGGAUCAGUACAGGAACAAAGAAAUAUUCUUUGAAUACUGCAAAGAGCCUUAUAGAGAGAUUGAUAAAAUACACAAGGAACUGCUGAAUUUUGAAGACACAGUGGCUAGCUUAAAGAGGUCUUGCGUCCUAUUUGAUAUACAGCCACCAGAUGAGAAACCACUUAAGUCUUGUCGCAGAGAAUUGAAAUUGGCUAAACAACUAUGGGAUUAUUAUGAUCUGGUCAUGGGAACCAUAGAAUUCUGGAAGAAAUCACCUUGGAAGAAAAUUGACGCUGACGGUAUGGAUCAAGAAUGUAAGAGAUUCACUAAAGAUUUGCGACAACUCGAUAAGGAGAUGAGAACCUGGGAGCCAUAUGUGAGUAUAGAAGGAACAAUAAAGAAUUUGAUGACAUCUCUUCGAGCUGUGACAGACUUACAGAAUCCUGCAAUCAAAGAUCGUCAUUGGAUCGAACUUAUGAUGGCCACGAAGGUGAAGUUCCACAUUGACGAUGAUACCACGCUAGCUGAUUUGUUGGCUCUCAAUUUGCACAAGUACGAGGAAGAAGUUAAGACUAUUGUUGAUAAAUCUGUUAAGGAAGCGGCCAUGGAGAAGACGCUUAAGGAGUUAGAAGCAACGUGGGCUGUUAUGGAGUUUGAUUACGUACCACAUGACAGAACAGGUGUUAAGCUUCCGAAGGCAAGUGAAGAGCUCGUUGAAAUUCUUGAAGAUAAUCAGAAUCAAGUGCAAAAUAUGAUGUCAUCAAAAUUCAUUGGUUACUACGAAGUAGAAGUCACUGCAUGGCAAAAGAAGCUAGGAAUGGCUGACGCUGUAAUAGCUAUUUGGUUCGAAGUACAGCGUAAAUGGCAAUAUUUGGAGAGUAUUUUUGUAGGUUCCGAUGAUAUUCGAGCUCAACUACCGGAAGACUCAAAGCGAUUCGAUAUGAUAGAUAAGACAUUUAAGGAACUGCUCAAAGAUAUAGGUACAACACCUAACGUAGUUCAAGCAACUAAUAAAACAGGACUUCUGGAUAAGUUAGAAGAUUUAAUGAAAGCACUCAACCUAUGCGAAAAGGCCUUGAAUAACUAUUUAGAAACAAAACGACUUGCAUAUCCUCGAUUCUAUUUCGUAUCAUCGGCAGAUUUAUUGGAUAUUCUCUCUAACGGAAAUAACCCACCAGCCGUUGGCCGCCAUUUAUCAAAGCUGUACGAUAAUUUGGCCAAACUAGUAUUCGACAAACCUGGAAGUAAACAUGCUUUUGAAAUGAUAUCUAAGGAAAAUGAAGAACACGUGCCGUUUAAAGCGCCUUGUUGCGAUUGUUCUGGAAAGGUCGAGAUAUGGCUUAACAGAGUAACAGAUUGUAUGCGAUAUACUCUGCGUGAUAUAUUUGAGCACAGCGUGAAGUCAUAUGAAGAUAAGCCUCGUGACGAGUGGGUAUUCGAUUGGCCGGCACAACCUGCCUUGGUGGGUACACAAAUUUGGUGGACUACGGAGACGAAUCAAGCCUUUCAGAAACUUGAAGAAGGUUAUGAAGCCGCUCUAAAAGAUUAUCAAAAGAAACAAAUUGCACAGUUAAAUGCAUUAAUCGUGCUUUUGCUUGGCGAUCUGACUGUAGGAGAUCGCCAAAAAAUUAUGACGAUUUGUACCAUUGAUGUACAUUCCAGAGAUGUCGUUGCUAAAUUAAUAACUGCUAAAGUUGAAACUUCAAAUGCCUUCCAAUGGCAAAGUCAGCUAAGGCAUAGAUGGGACUUGAAAGUUAAUAACUGUUUUGCAAAUAUCUGUGAUGCGCAGUUUUUGUACGAUUAUGAAUAUUUAGGCAACACGCCGCGACUUGUUAUUACUCCAUUGACUGAUAGAUGUUAUAUUACACUAACCCAGAGUCUCCAUUUAAUAAUGGGUGGAGCACCUGCUGGGCCCGCAGGAACUGGUAAAACGGAGACCACCAAAGAUUUAGGUAGAGCUCUGGGUAUUAUGGUUUAUGUAUUCAACUGCUCUGAACAGAUGGACUAUAAGUCUUGCGGAAAUAUAUAUAAAGGUCUGGCUCAAACAGGCGCUUGGGGAUGCUUCGACGAAUUCAAUCGUAUUUCUGUUGAAGUGCUUUCCGUAGUAUCUGUACAAGUGAAGAGUGUAUUAGAUGCUAUUAAGGCAAAGAAGAAGAAGUUUGAUUUCAUGGGAGAAUAUAUUACAUUAAUUAAUACCAUUGGUAUGUUCAUUACUAUGAAUCCUGGAUACGCAGGGCGAACUGAGUUACCGGAGAACUUAAAAGCUUUGUUUAGGCCGUGUGCUAUGGUAGUGCCGGACUUUGAACUGAUUUGCGAAAUCAUGUUGGUUGCGGAGGGCUUCCAAGAAGCAAGACUUUUAGCACGGAAGUUUAUUACGCUUUAUACUUUAUGUAAGGAGCUGUUGUCGAAACAGGAUCACUACGAUUGGGGUUUAAGAGCAAUUAAAUCGGUGCUCGUUGUGGCUGGUUCUUUAAAGAGGGGUGACCGUCUACGACCAGAAGACCAAGUAUUGAUGAGAGCUUUGCGAGAUUUCAAUAUUCCGAAAAUAGUAACUGAUGACAUGCCCGUGUUUAUGGGUCUGAUCGGUGACUUGUUCCCCGCACUGGACGUGCCUAGGAAACGUGACUUUGAUUUCGAAAAGCAGCUUGUUGCAGGCGCUAUAUCUAUGAAGCUUCAACCUGAGUCUGGUUUUAUUUUAAAGAUGGUGCAGCUAGUUGAACUUUUUGCUGUAAGACAUUCUGUUUUCAUUAACGGAUUCGCCGGGACCGGAAAGUCAAUGGUAUGGCAAUGUUUGAACAGAACAUACCAUAUGCUAAAAAUGAAGCCGUAUUACAAUGACCUGGAUCCAAAAGCGGUGACCAAUGACGAAUUGUUUGGGAUCAUUAAUCCUGCUACUCGGGAGUGGAAAGACGGACUGUUCUCCACAAUAAUGAGAGACAUGGCAAACAUGCCCGGAGAGGGACCCAAGUGGAUUGUGCUGGAUGGUGAUAUAGAUCCAAUGUGGAUUGAAAGUUUAAAUACUUUAAUGGAUGACAAUAAGGUUUUGACGCUAGCAAGCAAUGAAAGAAUAGCUCUCACAAAGUCCAUGCGGCUGCUGUUUGAAAUUGCGACAUUGCGAACGGCGACUCCGGCCACGGUAUCGAGAGCUGGUAUAUUGUAUAUCAACCCACAAGACUUAGGGUGGAAUCCAUUUGUGGCAUCGUGGAUAGAUACGACACGAGAUGACGAAUCAGAGAAAGCUAUGCUCACCAUAAUGUUUGACAAGUACAUACCGUCCCUGCUUGAAUCCUGUAAGAAAUACAAACGGGUCACGCCACUGAGUGAGCUGCAACAAAUACAACUUACGUGCUACUUACUUGAGUGUUUCCUGAACAAGAGUCUCUUGCCCAGCGAUUGUCCUAAAGAGUGGUACGAAACAUACUUUGUGUUUUGCAUCGUCUGGGGCUUUGGCUCUGGUCUGUUCCAAGAUCAACUUGUCGACUGGCGGAAUGAGUUUAGCAAGUGGUUCUGCAAUGAAUUUAAGCAAAUAAAAUUCCCAGCAACUGGAAACGUGUUCGGAUUCUUCAUUGAUCCAGAGACUAAAAAGUUUCUUCCUUGGACUGAGAAAGUUGAACAUUUUGAGCUGGACCCGGAUAUCCCCCUACAGUCAUGUCUAGUGUCGACAUCAGAAACAACUCGAAUUAGAUUUUUCAUGGACUUACUAAUCGCCAAACAGAAGCCAAUCAUGUUGGUCGGCAGUGCUGGUAGUGGCAAGACUGUUAGUGUUGCCGCCAAACUUAACUCGUUGUCCGAAAAUUUCGCUAUCACUAACGUCCCACUCAAUUUCUAUACGACUUCUGAAAUGAUCCAGAAAGUCCUGGAGAAACCGCUAGAAAAGAAAUCUGGUCGCAAUUUUGGCCCACCCGGCAGCAAGUUCAUGAUAUACUUCGUAGACGAUAUGAACAUGCCGGAAGUUGACAAAUACGGCACAGUGCAGCCGCACACGCUCAUAAGACAAUUCAUGGAUUACAGACACUGGUAUGACCGACAGAAGCUAAGUUUGAAGGACAUAUCAAACUGUAUGUUUGUAUCAUGCAUGAAUCCAACGGCUGGUUCAUUCAGUAUCGACCCCCGCCUUCAGCGUCAUUUCUGUACAUUUGCUGUCAGCUUCCCGGGCCUGGACGCGUGCUUCCACAUCUACAAGCAGAUUCUGUCCCAGCACCUGGCCAGCCCCCACAACAAAUUCACCCCACAGGUCCAGAAGUACAGUGAAAUCCUGGUGAACACAGCACUGGCCCUCCACACGAAACUUUCCUCCAACUUCUUGCCGACUGCAAUCAAAUUCCACUAUAUAUUUAACCUUCGUGAUUUGUCAAAUAUUUUUCAGGGCAUGUUGUUCACUACUGGCGACGCUAUCAAAGCCCAGUCUGAGCUGAUCAGGCUGUGGUGCCACGAAGCCACUCGUGUCUACUCUGAUAAAUUGGUAGACGCUGCGGACAAUGAAGCUUUUGGCAAGCUGAUCGCUGAAGUUAUUAAAAAGAAUUGUGAGGACUUCGACGAGAAUGUUGUAUUUGAAAAGCCGUUGAUAUAUUGCCAUUUUGCUGAAGGCAUUGGCGAUCCCAAGUAUUUCCCAAUUAAAGAUUGGGCCCAAAUUAAGAGACUGCUUGACGAAUCAUUAUCAGCUUAUAAUGAUCUCGUGGCGACUAUGAACCUCGUUCUUUUCGAGGAUGCAAUGUAUCAUAUUUGCAGAAUAAACCGGAUUCUUGAAGCACCACGAGGUAAUGCUCUUCUUGUAGGCGUGGGCGGUUCAGGAAAGCAAUCUCUCUCGAGGCUUUCAGCAUUUAUAUCCUCUCUAGAGGUAUUCCAGUUACAGUUACGCAAAGGAUAUAGCAUUGGCGAUUUGAAAGUUGAUCUUGCUGGUCUUUACAUAAAAGCUGGUCUGAAGAACAUUGGCAACGUGUUUUUAAUGACAGAUGCACAGGUUGCAGAAGAACGCUUUUUAGUUUUGAUAAAUGAUUUGCUAGCUUCGGGAGAAAUACCGGAAUUACUGGCUGAUGAUGAAAUAGAAAAUAUUAUUAAUGGUGUUCGUGGAGAGACUAAAGCCAGUGGAGUUCCAGACACACGUGAAAACUGUUGGAAGUUCUUUAUAAAUCGAGUGAGAACAAUGCUUAAGGUAGUGUUGUGCUUCUCACCGGUGGGUGCAACUCUGCGUGUUAGAGCACGUAAAUUCCCUUCAAUAGUGAACUGUACUUCGAUCAACUGGUUCCAUGAAUGGCCACGGGAGGCCUUGCGAUCUGUGUCAAAGAGAUUCAUAUCUGAAGUUGAAGCUUUGCCAGUUGAUUUAGUUGAUCCUGUCGCUAACUUUAUGUCUCAUGUUCAUCAAAGUGUCAAUCAAAUGUCGGCAACAUACUAUCAGAACGAAAAAAGAUACAACUACACGACUCCAAAGACAUUUUUGGAGCAAAUUUCAUUGUACAGUAAGUUGUUAACUGAAAAGACUACAAAUUUGAAAAUGAUGAUAUCUCGACUUGAAAACGGAUUGGAGAAAUUAGCUUCAUGUGCUGCGGAUGUGGCCGUAUUGAAGGUUACUUUAGCAGAACAAGAACAAAUAUUGAAAGUAAAGAAUAGAGCAGCUGAAGAUCUUAUCGAUGUGGUUGGAGCUGAAAGUGAAAAAGUAUCAAAAGAAAAAGCAUUUGCUGCCGAGGAGGAGAAGAAAGUAAAAGUGAUUGAAGAAGAUGUUACAAUAAAAGCUAAGAUUUGUGCCGAUGAUCUUGCUAAAGCGGAGCCUGCUUUGAUUGCGGCCCAAGAAGCUUUGAAUACAUUAAACAAAAACAAUCUGACUGAAUUGAAGUCUUUUGGUUCACCGCCUGAUGCUGUGGUGAAUGUUACUGCUGCAGUACUUGUGCUCUUCUCCAAAAGAGGAAAGAUACCCAAAGAUAGGUCGUGGAAGGCUUGUAAGUUAAUGAUGGCAAAGGUUGACCAGUUUCUGUAUGAUUUGGUUUACUACGACAAAGAAAAUAUCCAUCCCGAUGUUAUAAAGGCUGUUCAACCCUACAUCAAGAAUCCUGAGUUCAAUGCAGAGUUCAUAAUGUCUAAGUCGGCCGCCGCGGCCGGUCUGUGCGCGUGGGUGAUCAACAUAUGCAAGUUCUAUGAUGUAUACGUUGUGGUUGAACCCAAACGAAGAGCGCUCAAUGCUGCGAACGCCGAAUUGCAAGCGGCCAGAGAUAAACUGUCAUUCCUGACUGAUCAAAUUGCCGAAUUAGAAGAAAAACUCGAAGAGUUGAUGACUGCUUUCCAAGAGGCCGUCAACGAAAAGAUGAAAUGCCAAGCAGAAGCCGAUGCUACCAAUUACACCAUCGAUUUAGCAAAUCGCUUGGUGAACGGCUUGGCAUCGGAGAAAAUAAGAUGGUCAGCAACAGUUGUAGAUCUCAAAGAAUCAGGAGUCAUGCUGCCCGGAGAUGUACUGCUGGUCACAGCGUUUAUUUCAUACGUGGGAUGUUUUAUGCGACGCUACAGACAAAUGCUUAUGAUCAACGAUUGGGUACCAACCCUGGCUAAAACUAAUCCAAAAAUUGAGACAACUGAAGGCUUGGAUCCAUUGUCGAUGUUAACUGACGAUGCACAAAUAGCCUCGUGGAACAACGAAGGUCUGCCCACGGACUCCAUGAGUGCAGAGAAUGCCACAAUACUAACCAAUUCAGCAAGAUGGCCGCUAAUGAUAGAUCCACAACUGCAAGGUAUAAAAUGGAUUAAAUCGCGCUAUGGAGAUGCAUUGGUUGUGAUCCGAUUAACACAGAGAAAUUAUCUGGAUCGUAUUGAGAGAGCAGUAAGCAAUGGUGAUGUGGUUCUAUUAGAAAAUAUUGGCGAAAGUGUUGACGCUGUUCUUGAGCCUUUGCUUGGACGAGUGCUGAUAAGAAAAGGAAAAGUUUUGAAGAUCGGAGAUAGAGAAAUUGAUUAUCAUCCCGAUUUCCGGUUGAUUCUGCAAACUAAACUAGCAAAUCCGCAUUAUCAACCUGAAAUGCAGGCCCAAUGCACUCUUAUCAACUUUACUGUAACGAAGGAUGGAUUAGAAGAACAACUUCUGGGUGAAGUAGUUAAAGCAGAAAGACCUGAUUUAGAAAGUUUAAGAGCAGGUCUCACAAAACAACAAAAUGAUUUUAAAAUUACUCUUAAGAGCUUAGAAGAUGAUCUUUUGAAACGGUUAUCUUCAGCGGGUCCCGAUAUACUGAGUGACUCCGCUUUAGUUAUUAAUUUAGAAACCACAAAGAAGACUGCAGCUGAUAUUGAAAUAAAAGUAGAAGAAGGUAAAGUUACGUCCGUUAAAAUUGAUGAAGCUCGGGAGAGAUACAGGCGAGCUGCGACCCGAGCGUCGGUGCUAUACUUCAUCCUGAGCGACCUAUACAAAAUCAACCCGAUGUACCAAUUCUCAUUGAAAGCGUACAGCGUUGUAUUUAAAGAAGCACUGGCAACUGCUGAGCCAGCGGAGGAAUUAGAUGGUCGCGUGCGGAAUCUCCUCGACAGCAUCACGUUCGCUGUAUUCGUCUAUACGAGCAGAGGAUUGUUUGAAAGAGAUAAACUCAUAUUCUUGUUCCUUGUUACAUUGCAGGUUUUACAAGUAGAAGGAAAACUAGAUUUAAGGGAAUUAGAUUUCUUACUAAAAUAUGCAGUUGCACCUGAGAACUCUCCGUACCCGUGGUUGUCCAAUACUUCAUGGGGAGGGAUUAUAGCGCUAUCUAAAAUGGACGCCUUUGAAAACCUUGACAGAGACAUCGAAGGAGCCACGAAAAGGUGGCAAAAAUAUACGGACGGUGAAGCUCCAGAAAGAGAUAAAUUACCAGGAGAGUGGAAGAAUAAGACUCCGUUACAAAGGCUCUGUAUUUUGAGGGCUCUUAGACCAGACCGUAUGUCGUAUGCAUCAGGGACAUUUUGUGAGGAGAAUUUGGGGACAAAGUAUGUUGAAGCUCGUACCCCACCGUUGGAUAAAUCUUAUCUAGAAAGUACUUCAACAACGCCGAUGUUCUUCAUUCUCUCGCCUGGCGUGGAUCCAUUAAAAGAUCUAGAAAAGUUGGGACGUAAAAUUGGAUUUGCAGUGGAUAAAAAGAAUUUCCAUAUCGUUUCUCUUGGUCAGGGGCAGGAAGUGGUGGCUGAAGAGGCCAUGAGUGUAGCGUCCGUUAAUGGCGACUGGGUUAUAUUACAGAACAUACACUUGGUCGCGAAGUGGCUAGCAACAUUAGAAAAGAAAAUGGAGGAAACAUUCGAGAACCCCAUUGAAAGCUAUAGAUUAUUUUUGAGCGCAGAGCCAGCAGGUGACCCUGCGUAUCAUAUUAUACCUCAAGGUAUUUUAGAAUCUGCCAUCAAAAUUACUAAUGAGCCGCCAAUCGGAAUGUGGGCGAAUCUACAUAAGGCUCUCGAUAACUUCAGCCAGGAAACUCUAGAGAUGUGUAGCAAAGAGGCAGAGUUCAAAUCCAUACUCUUUUCUCUGUGCUAUUUCCAUGCUGUUGUUGCAGAAAGAAGGAAAUUCGGGCCUCAAGGCUGGAACAGAGUGUAUCCGUUUAACUUCGGCGAUCUAACUAUAUGUGUAUACGUUUUGUAUAAUUAUUUGGAGGCGAACCCACGUGUACCCUGGGAAGACCUUCGUUACCUGUUUGGAGAAAUAAUGUACGGAGGACACAUUACAGACGAUUGGGACAGGAGACUUUGUCGAACCUUCUUAUUGGAAUACAUGCAACCAGAAUUGGUUGACGGGGAGUUGCAGCUGGCCCAAGGCUUCAUAUCACCUCCUAACUCUGAUUAUGUUGGGUAUCACCAAUAUAUUGAUGAUUUUCUUCCUGAUGAGACGCCGUACCUCUACGGUCUACAUCCGAAUGCAGAAAUUGGAUACUUAACGACAGUCUCUGAAAGGCUUUUUAAGGUUGUUUUUGAAAUGCAACCUCGAGACACAGGAGCUCAAGCAGGCGGAGGUGCUACAAAAGAAGAAAUGGCUCGCUUCAUCCUGGACGACAUCCUAGACAGAGUGCCGGAGCCAUUUAAUUUGCAAGAAUUGAUGGGAAAAGUGGAGGAACUCACGCCGUACACCAUUGUGGCUCUCCAGGAAUGUGAACGUAUGAAUAAGCUGAUGGGGGAGAUCAGAAGAUCACUCAAAGAACUUGAACUUGGUUUGAAGGGUGAGUUAACAAUCAGCAGUGACAUGGAAGACCUGAUGGAGUCACUGUUCAUGGAUAACGUGCCCGAGUCUUGGACGAAGCUCGCGUAUCCAAGCCUGCUGGGCUUAGCAGCCUGGUUCGCCGACCUGUGCCUUCGAUUGACUGAGCUGGAGAACUGGUCCGGUGACUUUAAUUUGCCACCUGCAGUAUGGCUCGCUGGCUUCUUCAAUCCCCAGUCCUUCCUGACUGCCAUCAUGCAGCAGACGGCGCGGAAGAAUGAGUGGCCGCUGGACAAGAUGUGUCUCAACUGUGACGUCACCAAGAAGCAGAGAAGGGACUUUAACGCUCCACCACGCGAAGGAGCAAACAUCCAUGGCUUGUACAUGGAAGGAGCCCGCUGGGACACUGCUACUGGUGGUAUUGUGGAGUCUUACAUGAUGGAGCUGUUCCCAAUCAUGCCAGUCAUCUAUAUCAAAGCCGUGACUCAAGAUAAACAGGAUACCAAAAAUGUAUACGAAUGUCCCGUAUACAAAAUACGCAUGCGCGGACCAACAUUUGUUUGGACUUUCAACUUGAAGACAAAAGACAAGCCAACUAGAUGGACUUUAGCUGGAGUGGCCCUGUUGCUUGGCGUGUGAACAAUAUCUCGGUUGAUAGUAUUAACUUUGUGAUAAUUUACAUUUUAAAAUAAUUGUUAUUUGUAUUUAUAAUAAAUGUUAUUUUAGUUUA